GUAAGAACCUACAAGACUGACACAAAUACUUAAAAAAAAAAAAAGACAACUAUACAUCAAGACAAGUUGGCAAUUUAAUCUGAAGCAAAAACCCUAGCGAUAAACACAGUCCCCUCUUACGCCACAAUCGCUCUUGCACGCUCCCUUCUCCCCCGCCUUCUCUCCAACCGUAUCAGGUGGUCGUCGUUCACAAUGGCGGGAACCGACGACAAAAGGCAACAACAAUCCGGCGAGAAAAAGAAAGCCGCCGGCGAGAAAAAGCAAUCCGGCGAAAAGAAGCAGCAAACCGCCGCAAAACAUCAACCCGGUGGAAAGAAGAAGGAAGUGAAGAAAGAGACUGGAUUAGGUCUUACUUAUCGGAAGGCUGAGAAUUUCGGAGAGUGGUAUUCUGAGGUUGUUGUUAAUGGGGAAAUGAUUGAGUAUUAUGAUAUUUCUGGUUGCUAUAUUCUCAGACCUUGGUCAAUGGCUAUUUGGGAGAUUUUGCAGGCAUUUUUUGAUCCAGAAAUAAAGAAAAUGAAGAUCAAGAAUUGCUACUUCCCUGUGUUUGUUUCUUCUACUGUUUUGGAAAAGGAGAAGGACCAUAUUGAGGGUUUUGCUCCAGAGGUUGCUUGGGUGACAAAAUCUGGAAAAUCUGAUUUAGAGAUUCCCAUUGCUAUUCGUCCAACUAGUGAAACUGUUAUGUAUCCCUACUACUCUAAGUGGAUAAGGGGACAUCGUGACUUGCCUUUGAAACUUAAUCAGUGGUGCAACGUUGUUAGAUGGGAGUUCAGCAAUCCUACACCAUUCAUCAGGAGUCGUGAGUUUCUUUGGCAAGAAGGACACACUGCAUUUGCGACAAAGGAGGAAGCAGAUACCGAGGUUCUUGAGAUUUUGGAAUUAUAUAGGCGUAUAUACGAAGAGUAUUUGGCAGUUCCUGUCGUAAAGGGUAAGAAAAGUGAGCUUGAAAAGUUUGCGGGAGGCCUUUACACUACCAGUGUUGAGGCAUUUAUUCCUAACACUGGCCGUGGCAUACAAGGUGCAACUUCUCAUUGUUUGGGACAAAAUUUUGCUAAAAUGUUUGAGAUAAACUAUGAAAAUGAGAAGGGAGAGAGAGCAAUGGUCUGGCAGAACUCAUGGGCCUAUAGUACUCGAACGAUUGGAGUGAUGGUGAUGGUUCACGGCGAUGACAAAGGAUUGGUGAUGCCUCCUAAAGUAUCAUCAGUUCAAGUCAUUGUGAUUCCUGUGCCUUACAAAGAUGCUGAUACUCAAGGAAUCCUUGAUGCCUGUUCUGCAACUGUGGAUGCGUUGUUGGAAGCAGGAAUUCGCGCGGAGUCAGAUGUUAGAGAUAACUAUUCUCCUGGAUGGAAGUAUUCUCAGUGGGAAAUGAAAGGUGUUCCUCUUAGGAUUGAAAUUGGGCCAAAGGACUUGGCAAAUAAGCAGGUUCGUGCUGUUCGACGUGAUAGUGGAGCAAAGAUUGACAUUGCUAAUGCUGAUUUGGUUGAGGAAAUAAAAAAGUUGCUUGAUAAUAUUCAACAAAAUCUGUUUGAUGUUGCAAAACAAAAACGGGAUGAAUGUAUUCAGGUCAUACAUACAUGGGAGGAGUUUAUUGAAGCUUUGAAUAAUAAAAAGAUGAUCUUAGCUCCUUGGUGUGAUGAGAAGGAAGUGGAAGAGGAUGUCAAAGCAAGGACAAAGGGUGAGACAGGAGCAGCAAAGACACUCUGUAGUCCAUUUGAUCAGCCAGAACUCCCCGAAGGCACCGUGUGCUUUGCGUCAGGCAAGCCUGCAAAGAGGUGGUCAUACUGGGGCAGAAGUUACUAGAUCUUGACUGUGGUAUUUUUUGAAGCUAGUUCAACAUUUGUCUGAAUUUGUGGAUUAUGCAAAUAUUAGUUUUCUUCUGCUUGAGUAAACUGAUUUUUCAAUUGAUAGUUAUACUUUAAUUUUAUACGGUACAAUAUUUAUUCAGUUUUUAAAGAGUAUUACAUGUUUUUCCAUUCAAA